AUGAAAAAGAGAUCCAGCACCAAUCCAGAUCCCGGGUUCCAGUACCAGUCCCAGCACCAGARGAAGCACAGAGGAGGGACCAGACCAGACCUUCACCUGGUGCGAGRGGACACGAGCGGACCACAGAGCCAGAUCCCGACCCAGAACCUGCAGCAGCCCCAGUUCGCYGUUCCUGUUUUUUCCCAGUCAGUCCCCAGCACCAGACCCAGCACCUCUGGUCUCCAGUCCCGGCCCCAACACCAACACGGUCAAGAGGUAGACGCAUACAGGGCAUCACACUCAACCUUCAGGGUCAAGAGGUCAGAGGCAUACAGGCAUACACUCAACCUCAGGGUCAAGAGGUCUGGGUUCCACUCUGUGGUCCUGCCGGGUCGGAUACACACAGCCACACACACUGACGGGCCGGCCUGCUUCACCCUCACCUCCCCCCCUGACAGUGAGGCCUAUUAUGGAGAGACGGACAGCGAUGCGGACACACACACACACAUACACCGCCGCCAGCGACACACACCUCCGGAUGCGCGCUCUCCCGGUCGCCAGCAGGAGGAGGAGGAGACUUCAGAGAUAAGRGGGUAUGAGAGCGCUCCAGAUGGGGGGGUUUCCCUGCAGGGGACCUGGGAGCAACUACCCACACUGGGAAAUGGGGGGAUCCAACAGUGGGAGCAACCAACGGGAUCGGGAACAAGGGGGUUUCAACCUGGAGUACCACGCAGGGAGGUGGUCUACCAACCCCAACCCCAACCCCCGCAGGCCCUGCCAGAGUGGACCCACCCAGCCCGGCCCGUCCUACACCAUGCGCAGGGGGAGCCGGUGGUGGGAGGAGAGGUGGAGGGAGAGGGAGACAGUGGGUUCCAGGAGGCAGGGGGGUGUGUGGUUCUGGCCUGCUCACCCCUGGUGUCUCCAGAGCGGGCUAAAGGAGCCAUGAUGCUGGGCUCCAGCUCACAGAUGGUUCCCAUGGUGGGCGCCCAGCUGACCCCACUCAGUGACGAACUGUCUGCUACGUACAAGGAAAAGGCCCGGCAAGCCAAGCUGCAGAGAGGAGAGAGUGUGGUAGACAGGCAGGUGAAAGAGGCUCGUACUAAAUGUCGUUCCAUCGCCUCCCUGCUCACCGACGCUCCAAACUCCAACUCCAAAGGAGUUCUCAUGUUCAAGAAGAGACGCCAGCGUGCCAAGAAYUACACCCUCACCUGUUUUGGCCGCGCGGAGGGGGAGGUGGGUGCUGAGACUGGGGGAGAGACGGAGGGAGAGGAGGAGGAAGGGAGUUCAUUCCCCUCGGGUUCAGAGGUGGARGAAGAGGGCUUUGCUGGAACCUUUGACCCCACCUGGGACAGCGAAUACCUGGACAUGCUGGAUAGGAGGAGUUCUGCCUGCCCCUCCACCUAUAACUCAAGGCCCCAAACACCAACUAAUCAGAGCUCAGGGUAUGAUUCCUUGGCCUAUCAGAGCCCAGAGAUGAACAUGUCAUUCAAUCAGGGGUCUGGGAUGAAUGCCCCAGCCUAUCAGAGCCCCGGGCUGGACUACAUAGCCUAUCAGGGGAAAGAGACGGAGCAGUAUGAGCAGCAAAGGAAAUUGGCCACUCCUGUCACCUACAACUCUGCCCCUAACACCUCCCUGACUGCAAGUUUGUCCAAUGGGGGCUCAGCAGGGAUGAGUCGGGCCAGUGUGGUUCUGACUUCCCCCUCUCACACCCCGAUCCCCCCCCAGCCUGACCUAAACACUAACCCUAACCCGCCUGGGGGAAUCCAUAACCGCACGGCACGUCCCUUCACCUCAGGCCUCGCCCAAUCUCGCCCCCCCGCCACCCCUGUCAUCUUCCGACCCGUCCAGCCCACUCCUGGCUUAACAAUGGUUUCCAAACCCACUGCUGCGGUAUCCAUGGUAACCAUCGCCCCCCCUCGCCCUUCAGGGGCGCCCGAGGCCAGGAGAGCGGUCUCCAGUACCUCCCUCUACAUCCCCCCUAGACCUACUGCAUCCAUCCUCUCUCCUCCUCCUCUUGUUCUCUCUCCUCCAUCCUCUCCUACCCGCACUCCUUCUCAGCCUUUCCUUUUUCCCUCGGUCCAUACUGCCACCUUCUCUCCUUCUUCUGACCGCUGUUCUCCUUCUCAUUAUCCUCCUCAACCCACCCAACACUUCUGUUCCUUGACUGCUCCUCAACCUUUCUCUCCUCCUCCUGCCCCCAUUCAACACUUCUCUACUCCUAGUCAACCUUUCUCCCCUCCUCCUCCUCAUCCCCCAGUCUAUCCAUCCUCUGCCAUGAAUGCCCAGCCCUUCUCUCCUCCUUCUUCUUCUAAUCAACCCUUCUCUCCUUCCUCUGCCACACCUUACUUUCCCUCCCUUGCUCAGACCCAACCCCCUCCUSCCUUGAUCUUCAACUCCUAUGUCUCUAUGACAAACCCUGCCAUGGUGACCCCCUCCACUGCCCAGACCCCUGCCUCUGAUUCAUUGUCGUCCCGUGAGCAGCGUAUCGCCGUCCCCGCCUCCAGAACAGGCAUUCUCGCGGAGGCGCGUCGUCGCAGCAACAAGAAGCCCAUGUUCCGUCCUUCUGUGGAGAACAAGAAGGACGUGUCUCCAAACCCAGCCCUGCUGGAGCUGCUCCAAAACCCGGACGCACCGACCAGGAUAGGCCCAGGCCCCAUGGGGCCUAGUGGAGGAGUUAGUGGGGAAGCUGGAGGUGAGUCAGGCCCUGAAGAGGACUGGUUGAAGCUGGGGGCUGAGGCCUGUAACUUCAUGCAGGCACAGAGAGGCUCCAAGCCCCCUCCUGUGGCCCCUAAACCCCAGCCUCCUCCACAGGUGCCCCAGCUAGCAGGGAAGGGGGGUCAGCUGUUCGCCCGUAGGCAGAGCAGGAUGGAUCGCUAUGUGGUGGAGACCCCCUCCUCACCCCAACCCGGUCCCYGCCACCCCCGCCAGCCCUCUCCCACACCCUCCCUCCCCUCUCAAUUCAAAUACUCCUCCAGCUGCAGAGCCCCCCCUCCCAUCAGCUACAACCCCCUCCUCUCCCCCUCCUGCCCUCUCCAGGCCCAGCGCCAGAUGGCGGGGGUAGCAGGACAGGGUGGGGGUUCAGCGGGGCAUAAAGCCGCCCCUGGGGGUCAGAAGGCUCAAGGCAUCAAGGCUCUGGACUUCAUGAGUCGCCAGCCCUAUCAGUUAAACCCCUCCCUCUUCAGCUACGGGGGCGGGACUCCCCAGGGCCAAAACAAGAUGCCACGUACGUAUGAGGUCAAACGCUUCUCCACGCCACCUCCCACAGGCCCCGCCCCUACUGUCAUCAUCCACGGUCAGCGACCAAACACUGAAGGAGAACGGAAUCCCCACGCCCCCCAACAAGGUAACAGUCAGUUUAAGAGUGCCCCUGAUCUGAGCCCUUUGGCCCACACCCCACCUCGCCCCGCCUCCACGCAGCCCUCCAGAGUGCCUCGCCCCAAAUUCAGCACCUCUAACCUGGGUCUGCAACCUAGCGUCUGGCGCCCUGGAUCCACCAUGAGCUAA